AUGAAUUUUGAAGAUUCUCGCCAUCUCAUUGCUGCUACUCAGAAAGUGAGAGCUGAAUACCUCAAGAGCAUCCACACCAUCCCAAUUUCCACCCAGCAAGCCACAACCAACAGAAAUGACCCCGUAAAAGGCCCUGUUUGGGUCAGCAAGUUCACAAACUCAAAACCAACAAACGAUACCUCCCGCGACUUGCUCUUAUCCCUUAUCGACGAGGCAAAUGAUAAGAAUAUUCCCUAUGACUGUCCAGAUUCAGCAUCCCUUUCUUUCGAGUGGACUGGCUUCCGCAGCAAUACUAACAAAGACACUCCUGAGCCAUCCCUGAGUGAGGGCGAAAAGUUCGAAAAGCUCAUCGUGGAGACUAAAAGCCCACUGACAAUAUUCUACAUCUAUGGAGGUUCCUUUGUGUUAAACACUCCAUCCAACUACCGGAAGACAGCGGGUUUGUUGGCCCAAUCCACCGGGUCCAAGGUCCUGAUGGUGCACCAGCGUCUGGCACCACAAAAUCCCUUUCCUGCCGCUUUGCUAGAUGUGUUCCAGGCUUAUCUCACUCUCUUGGCACCGCCUCCUGGGUCUCCGCACAAAGCCAUCCCGCCAUCAUCGAUAGUGUUGGCAGGAGAUAGCUCGGGUGCUUGUCUGGCCCUGGGAAUGCUACAGGUUCUACUACGGUUAAUAAGGAGGGAUAGGUCCAUAACUUUCCACGGGCAGAACAUUACACCCACAGUACCAGCUGGAGCCGCACUGGUAAGCGCGGUAGCGGAUCUGGCGAAUGCAUUCCCCUCCUUUAAUCAAAAUGCCUUCUGUGAUAUUUUUCCAGUGCCCAUUGAGAAACUUCCAUACCUUCAGAAGACCUUUCCAACUUGUGCAUCCUGGCCGACCAACCCUCCACGCGCCAACCUCUACUGCGAGGCAGGCAUGCUGGCACAUCCCCUAGCCAGCCCAGCUGCGUCAGAAGACUGGACUGGGGCAUGUCCCAUAUGGAUUGGUUCGGGCCAGGAACAAAUCAUUGACGCCUCAAAGCUUGUUGUACAGACUGCGCACGCGCAAGGGGUGUCGGUUACAAUACAGGAAUAUGAAGCCAUGCCCCACACUUUUUUCUUUUUUUUUCGGCAGGCACCGCAGACGCGAAAGAUUAUGGAAGACUGGGCGGGAGCUAUUGUUAAUUUCGGCAAGGGAAAAAAGCCAUGUUCAAGCGCCUCGUUCAUCCGCGUGAGAGGAUUGGUCGCUGAGCCAAUGGACGUGGAGAACUUGGUGCCCUACACCGUAGCCGAGGCAAAGGAGAUGAUGUGGAAGAAGACUCUUGGGUAUAAAGUCCCUGCUUUUCACCGAACUAGCCAAUCGCUGCUAUAG